AUCCCCAUAAUAGAUUAGGCUGCCAUUGGAGACACGGUUGGCAGGAACAAGCAAGCACUAGGAGGAGGCAGGAGACAUCGCAGUCCAGCCGCUGACGAACGAACGGCGUGUCCAUCACUUCGGCCGAUGUAACCAAGCAGCUUAUGUUGGAGACAGUUAUUUUACAUCAACACCUUUAUUAGAAAAAAAGACGCAGAAGAAGGCGAGAAAAUGGGACAUACCGCAAUCCCUAUAUUGGUGACUGUUUUGUCCUAUUGCGUGUGGGAAAACGUCGAGGCUUUGGCCAUGACUGAAGUGAAUGGGCCAGGCCCCCAGGUGACAGAGCCGCAAAUUGCAAUGUUCUGUGGCCGUCAGCUCCUGCACAUGAACAUACAGACUGGUCAGUGGGAGCCGGAUCCUCAGAGCCGCCAGGGCUGCUUCAAAGAUCCCAGCCAAGUCCUGUCCUAUUGUCAGGAGAUGUACCCAGCGCUAUCCAUCUCCCAUAUAGAGGAGUCAAAAAGACCUGUCACCAUCCCUGCAUGGUGUAAGAAAGGUUGGGGCCACUGCCAGACACACCCCUUCAUCGUCCUGCCCUACCGCUGUCUGGAAGGCGAGUACGUAAGCGAGGCCCUGCUGGUGCCCGACAAAUGCCGUUUCCUUCACCAGGAGCAGAUGGAUGCCUGCGAGAGUUAUGUGUACUGGCACAACAUUGCCAAGGAGGAAUGCACCUCAGACAAUCUGGAGCUCCACAGCUACGGGAUGCUGUUGCCAUGUGGGGACCAUUUCCGAGGUGUUGAAUAUGUGUGCUGCCCAGGCAGAGGCAGUUCAAACAGUAAAGGAGAGACAGAAGAAAGUCCCAAUGGUCCUCAGACUCUUACUUCCCAAACCAGUGGAAAAUUCAACUCUGUUACCAAAGUGACAGUUCCCACUCCAAGCCCCUCUCUUGACACGGAUGUGGAUGAGGGUGAUAUGGAAGAGGAGGAUGAUGAAGUGGUGGAAGAAGAGGAGGAGGAAGAGGAGGAUGACAUUGAUGAGGAGGACGCAGAAGAAGAGGAGGAAGAGGAGACAAUGGCUGAAAAAGAUCCAGAGGAGUAUGAGUACCCUAUUGACUCAGGUCCUUACCAGACAUCAGAUUAUUUGGACUCGUAUUACUACGACAAAAGCAACAAACCCACCACCUCUGCACCCUUGAUGAAGGAAGCCAGCUUGACCACGCCUCGGCCCACAGAUGGCGUUGAUGUUUAUUUUGAGAAGCCAGUGGAUGACACAGAGCAUGCCAACUUCUUGCGUGCCAAAACAGACCUGGAGGAGCGCCGAAUGAAACGCAUCAAUGAGAUUAUGAAGGAAUGGGCAGAGGCUGACAACCAGUCAAAAAACCUUCCAAAGUCAGACAGACAGGCCCUGAAUGAGCACUUUCAGUCUGUGCUGCAGACUCUGGAGGAACAGGUCGCUGGAGAGAGGCAGAGGCUGGUGGAGACACAUCUUCUCAGAGUCGAAGCAAUUCUCAACAACAAUCGUCGCCUGGCCCUGGAGAACUACCUGACUGCUGUGCAAUCUGAUCCCCCCCAGCCACAGCGUGUGCUGCAGGCUCUGAAGCGGUACAUGGCUGCAGAGCAGAAGGACCGCAGACACACUUUGAGGCACUACCAGCAUAUUGUAGCUGUUGAUCCCCAGAAAGCUGAGCAGAUGAAAUUUCAGGUGUACACACAUCUCCAUGUGAUUGAGGAGAGGAUGAACCAGAGUCUUGCACUGCUGUACAAGGAUCCUGCAUUGGCUGAGGAACUACAGAAUAACAUCCAGGAACUGGUCAAGGCAGAACGGGGAGACAUCAGUGAGCUCAUGACCACUUCCUUUUCUGAGACUCGCACCACUGAGGUGCUCUUGCCAGCUGAGAGUGAGGAAGAAAAGGAUGAUGAAGAAGAAGAGGAGAGGGCCUUCCAGAACAGGCCCUAUCCUCCCCACAUUGAAUUGCAGUCUAAUAAGAAAGAGGAGGAAUACGAUUAUACCACAUCUGAGAGAGGCCCCACUUAUAAAUACGAGGACGAUCUGCUCAUCGCCUCUGCAGAGCUCAAGGAAAUGGCCAAGCCCAGUGAGAUUGAACGAGAUGAACUGCAACCUGAUGCCCUGGAGACAUUUAACCGUGGCGCCAUGGUGGGUUUGCUCGUAGUGGCUGUGGCUAUCGCCAUGGUGAUGGUCAUCAGUCUGCUGCUGGUGCGCAGGAAGCCAUAUGGCACUAUUAGCCACGGCAUCGUAGAGCAGGUCGAUCCCAUGCUGACACCAGAAGAACGACAGCUCAACAAAAUGCAAAACCAUGGUUAUGAAAACCCUACCUAUAAAUUCUUUGAGCAGAUGAACUGAAGCACUGAGGACUGCCAGCAAGUCAUGCCCGGCCACUUGUUUGUACCCCCACUCUUCCUUAAAGUGGUGUCCCAGCUGCACUCCCUUUGACGGGUUUAUGAUGUGUCGCAAAUCUAAAGUAACAGAUAAAGUACGGGGUACUUCCCUAACCCAACCUUUCACCAGAAUGUGAAUAAUGUGAUAUGAUACAAUCCCAUGUUACCUGUUGUAAUCUAAUGCUCCUUUGGGUUAGCAGAGCCACAACAUUUCAUAAUCCUGGAAACAUUCACCUCAUCCCUGUGGCAUGACUUGACCUAUUGCUCCUCGCUAGAGUUUGAAUGGUGCAUAAUGCUUUAUAGUAUUUAUUUUUCAGCUGUAGUCUCUUUCUUCAUAUUGUACCACGGUUAGCUAUAAUGUAUCUGUGUAGAUGAGUGUGAGGGACAGCCCGGUGCAAUUCUCUAGGGCAAAGAGUUUUUACUCAGCUAACUAAGUCAAACUGAACUACACAGGUUUCUGUAAUAUCAGACAACAUUUGGCAAAGAUGUGGAGUUUUUUGAGCAUAUCAGAUGAUAAGGCUUAAAUUUUAAAACAGAAACCAUACUAAUCAAUGCAGAGCUACAGUAUGCACUGUUGGUACAAAAAAAGGAUGUUCUGAGGAUCUACCCUCAAUAUUCUUAAUUAUUUGGCAAAUUAUACCAAAUAUAUUAUUUUGCUAAUUUAGUCAGUGAAUGGGUUUCUUUUAUUUGUUCUGCUAUCUAAAGAACUGUAAAACAGAAUAAACAGAAGUCCGUUAUUUUGAUGAAAGCAUGACAACUUGGUGUAUGAUGCUGCAGUAUUUAUUUGUGUUGUUCCAGUCAUUGCUUUUAAAGAGUUCGAAAUGUCACCAUUUAAAAUGGACACUGUAAAUAACGUAAGAAAUACAUCCUACUAGAUGUAGACAUUUCUAUGAUUAAUUUGCAUUGAUGUAAUGGAAUAAAACAUUUAAAAAAAGAAAAAAAAACAUUGUGCUGUUACAAGAGGGAGAAACAUUUUCCUAACAUGGCUGAUUGAAAACGGACUGUUGUAAAAACCAGCACAAGACAACGACACAGCAACUACUUUCUGAAUGUAUUUGAGGUAGACGUUAAGAUUCCAUCCUCGUUUCAGUAAUGCAUUUAUCCCCUUAGUAAACCUUAGUAGGAGUAGUGAAGUUCGACACAUCUGAGAGUCUAUAUGCCUGAUGCCCUCGUCACCACCUUGUGUAGCAGCCUGUUCAUCUUCACAUUUGGCAGGCGAGUACCAGAGCAUUGGAACAAAUAAGACGUAUUAAGCUGCACAGUGUAAAGAGGCCACAGCUAUAGUAAUGUGAAGCAUCAGUGUGUGAAGUAACUCCCAGAAACACACCCCACUCUGGCAAGAUAGUAGUACUGUUUGUCUUGAAAUAGGCCACUUUGACAUAUUUGAACUCAUCAUCACUGGAUGAUAGUACACUACAGAAGCUUCAUUUAAGUUAAUCUCAUGACUAGCUUUUCACUGAAUGACUCAUUGUAGUUUUUUCAUAUUUAUGAUCAACAUAGCACCUUGUAUAGGUAAGUAAAAAAAGGGAUUGCCCCUUUUUUUUUCCUGACUGUUUACUGCAAAGUGUGUCAGUUUAUUUUCCUUUAGCCGCUGAAUUCGACGGGACCAUCUUGGUUAAGAAAGGUCAUGUUGUGGGAUGUUUUAUUCAUCAGUGCUAUAGUACAAAUCAUUUAUGCCAAAAUCAGAUUUUAUUUUCUUUAUUUUAUUUGCAAGCCAUUUUCUGUCAAACCUGCAUUAAUUUGUUCAUUCCACAAGGAAGUGUGAUAAAAGAUGACUUUUUUUAUGUUUACUUUGCUUGAAAAAGCAAAACAUUCAUGUUCGGUUUGUCUCGUCAGGCAGGUUAAUAACAGGUUGUGGUUGUGUUAUGACAGCUUAAAAGAAGUCAUAGCCCUUGUAUAAUUUGUACAGCUCCGUUAGUGAAUGAAAACCUUGUAUGUUCACAGUUUAAGUCAGUUGAUCUUGUAAUGAUACUACUGAAACCAUAGAUGAGAAUAAGCUUGCCUGUGUUUCCCAAACCACUGAAGGUUUCCUACCAGCAUUUAGCAGACUUAGAGUGGUGUAUACUAUAGUUACUCAAAUCACAUUUGUAAUUACAUCCUCUGUCCAAUCCUAGACUCCUUUGUUGGUCUGUCCCCUUACUAUCCCAAUGAAAUAUAAACUAUGUUAUUGAGAUUUUAAUUGCUGCAUUAUUGCCUUUUACAAUGCUGUGUUUUGGAUGUAAUUAUUCCGUAUUUUUUAUUUAUAUGUAAUAAUCAGUUGGAUCAAGGGUCAUGCAUUUCACGUGCAAUUAGAAGCUUGUAUUUGAAAACAUAAGAUAAAUUCAGAAAUGUGAAUACUGUGUGACAGAUAUAUGGCCUUUGCAUAAUUGACAAGGAGUGGCACGAAGCACAAGAAACAAAUUACUUCAUUUAUGUAAAGGCUGCGAAACAAAAAGACAGAUUCUCUGAUUUUAAUUCAAUUCAAGGGUUGUUAUUUGUAAAGUUGAGAGAGCUGUUCUUCCUUUUCAUCAAGACCUUUAACCAAAGACAUGCUCCAUAAAAGAUCAGACAGAUCACUUAAUUUGGCAGAAUGUUUUCUUUGUAACUGUAUUGUAACCAAUCUGACAAAUUGAAACUGGUCAAGUUAACUAAUAAAAGUGUAAUAAUAGUGAAUGACCCAUUA